CAUUUGCUCACCGCCGCCUUGCUUCCUCUCGCAUCUCCAUCGCACCGCCCCCUCCUCUGCUCCCUCAUCACCAUCGCCUCUCCCGUUCCGGUGCUGGCAGCCUGGAUGGCCACCAGCGACAGCGGCGGCUGCCGCUCCGUGUCUAGGGGGAGUCCAUCCAAGAGCAAGUCCGUCAAGGUCAGUUCUCCUGCCUUUGUCCCGUUCAUCUGCGAGGCCGGCCGGCUCUGUGAGGGUUGCAUGCUCAACUACCACAGUAAGAGGGAGGCGGCGGCAAAGGCGGCUAAGAUGAAGAUGCAGGGAUCUAAUACCCAAUCCGGCGGGGUGUCCCUUCCUGAUGAUGAGUCCGAGAAUCCCUCUUCGGAUCCCUUCAGCAUUUCAUCCUCAGGUGCUGACUCUCUGAGCGGAUCCGAUGCAAAACUCCCCCAAGGAAUGGAGACUUCUAAAUGGGGUGGAGUGGAUCAUGAGACUGCUGAGAGGUGCCGUCAUGGGAAACGUCCUCGUCGCCUGCUAUGUUGGGAUGGGAAUAACACCGGCCGCCGCUAUCUUGCUUGUCCUCUGAGGGGGAAAUUCAACAUGUGUGAUUUCAUUUCUUGGGUGGAUGACCAGUGGCCACCAAUGUUCCAGCGAGUAGUAGCAAGCAUAGGGGAAGUUGUUGGGAAGUUCAAGAAGAAACUAGAUGACCUACAGGUUGAUCUGCUGGAGGCAAUCCAGCUGAGGAAUGAUGCUGUUGAAGAGAACGAAGCUAUACUUAGUGAGAAACAGGAACAACUCCUUGAGAACCAGAGGCUUGAGAGGGAAUUUACCAUGAGAACCAGGCUUGCUCAGACCACUUGCAGCACUCUGCAGAAUAGGAUCAGCAAUGACUUGUAUGACAAGAAUAUGCUCUAUGGGUUUAUUCUGUGCAUGUUUCGGGUGAUCGUUGCCAUCCUGUUUGGUAUUGCCCUGAAGAAGUAGGGAGAUGUAGCACUACAGGUCGAUAUUUUGCUGAUGUUGAUGUCAUGUAGAUAA